UCCACACUGCUUAGUCUUACCUGCCUAUCUACUCUCUCAUUUUUACACAAUGGCACCUGCCCUCACAGACUCAAUCCCUCCACCCCCGUAUACUGUGCCCUCCAAGGCCACGAUCAACACAGAUGUCUUCCCUGACGGCCUCAAGACCUCGGGACAGCAUGCCCCCCUCUACGACAAGCUCCGACCUUACUCUGAAUUUCCCAAGGAGAUAACAGGCCCUACAGUGUGGAAGGCCGAGGACUACAAGAACAACCCGGAGCGCUGGACGCAUCCCUUAAGUGAAGAGGAGGUUGCCGAGUUGGGCGAAGCAGCUGAUCGCUUCAUUGAGGCUGGCACUCCAUUGACUGGCAUUUCCCAGGGCAACUUCCAAAUUCCGAAGCUCUCGAGGACUAUGACAGCACUGCGCAAUGAACUGCUCAAUGGCAAAGGAUUCAUCUUAUUCAAGGGAUUCCCUGUAGAGAAAUGGGGCGUCCACAAGAGCGCGGUUGCAUACAUGGGCCUUGGGACUUACUUGGGGUACUUUGUAUCCCAAAACGGCCGCGGUCAUAUCUUGGGCCACGUCAAGGACGUUGGUGAUGACCCCACGCAGAUCGACUCCGUCCGCAUCUACAGGACAAACGCGCGCCAAUUCUUCCACGCCGACGACUCGGACAUUGUCGGCCUGCUCUGCAUCGCGCGCGCGCUGGAGGGCGGCGAGUCAGACAUAGUCUCCUCGCACCACGUGUGGAACACGCUGCAGCGCGAGCGCCCGGACGUGGCCGAGACGCUGACGCAGCCCAUCUGGUACUUUGACCGCAAGGGCGAGACGAGCCAGGGCCAGGACGGCUGGAUCCGCACCAGCAUCUUCUACCUCGAGACGGGCGAGAGCCCGCGCGUGUACUCCAAAUGGGACCCCUACUACGUGCGCUCGCUAACGCGCUACUCGGACGCGGGGCUGAUCCCGCCCCUCUCGGCCGCGCAGGAAGAAGCGGCGCGCGUGCUCGAGGAAACCUGCCUGCGCCUCGCGCUGCACAUGAUCCUCGAGGUGGGCGACAUCCAGUUCCUCUCCAACGAGCACGUGCUGCACGCGCGCACCGAGUACCGCGACCACCCGCCCCCCGCGCCUCGCCGCCACCUGCUGCGCCUGUGGCUCAGCACGCCCGAGGACGAGGGCGGCUGGCGCUUGCCGUUCCAUGACUCGCACGAGAAGAAGAGGGGCGGUAUCCAGGUUGACGAUACGCCUCCACGCGCACCCGAUGAUGCUGAGUAGGGUGGUUGGCCGGCGGAUGGAGGGGUUGGCGUAUUCUGUAUUGUAGGGGUUUAUGUCUUGAUCUUAUGGGGUGAUAUGGCGGAUGAUGCGGACCUUUUGCUGCUGUCACGAUACCAAAAUGCAUGCAUACAUUGAGAGA